GAAACCGAGGGCAAGCCAUCGCUCUGCAGCCCGCCGCCGCCGCCGAGCUGCCGGGGAGAGCCUGGGACUCGGCGUGUCUGGGUGUAGCUAGGGGCGAAGGGGUGACAGGGGCAAGCCAAGGAAGACGAGGACCCAGGGCAGUGCGGCGGUGUGCCCGCCACUCUCCCCCGGCACCCAGGCUGCUCCAGGCCCAGGGUGUGCUUCCCUUGUCCCCGCCACCUCCCGGUCCCUGGCCCAUCAUGAUAUUGACCAAAGCCCAGUACGACGAGAUAGCCCAGUGCUUAGUGUCUGUGCCGCCCACCAGGCAGAGCCUGAGGAAGCUGAAGCAGAGGUUUCCCAGUCAAUCGCAGGCCACUCUGCUGAGCAUCUUCUCCCAGGAGUACCAGAAACAUAUUAAAAGAACACAUGCCAAGCACCAUACUUCGGAAGCCAUUGAAAGUUAUUACCAGAGGUACCUGAAUGGAGUGGUGAAAAAUGGGGCUGCCCCUGUGCUCUUGGAGCUGGCCAAUGAGGUGAACUAUGCACCCUCAUUAAUGGCUCGGAUUAUACUGGAGCGGUUUCUGCAAGAGCGUGAGGAAACUCCACCCUCCAAGUCUGUUAUAAAUAGUAUGCUGCGGGACCCUUCUCAGAUUCCAGAUGGAGUUCUGGCGAAUCAGGUCUAUCAGUGCAUCGUGAAUGACUGCUGUUAUGGACCACUGGUGGACUGCAUCAAACAUGCCAUUGGUCACGAGCACGAAGUCCUGCUAAGAGACUUGCUUCUGGAGAAAAACCUGUCCUUCCUAGAUGAAGAUCAGCUCCGCGCAAAGGGUUAUGACAAGACACCAGACUUUAUUUUACAAGUACCAGUGGCUGUAGAAGGGCACAUAAUUCACUGGAUCGAAAGCAAAGCCUCAUUUGGUGACGAAUGCAGCCACCACGCCUACCUGCAUGACCAGUUCUGGAGCUACUGGAAUAGAUUUGGGCCCGGCUUAGUCAUCUAUUGGUACGGCUUCAUCCAGGAGCUGGACUGUAACCGGGAGAGGGGCAUCCUGCUCAAAGCCUGUUUCCCCACCGAUAUUGUCACCUUAUGCCAUAGCGUAGCUUGACCCUGCAGAUCCUGGAAGAGAAGCUGGGCGGAAAAGGUGAAUCCGGAAGCAAUUUUACUUUCCUGCAGCGUGAACUCCUGGCAACAUCUGCCCUGAACUUCAGCUGAACUCUUGCUGCCCGUGGUCACAGUACUGCCUCGUUAGACAAACAUAUCAGGAGUUUCUGUCUUCCUUCAUCCCUUGCUGAUGUGAACAGCCAAGAACUACAGACACAACCCACUCAUUAUCAGCAUUUCUGUCUCUGUCCAACAGUAAGUUUAUAGAUAGUCAUAAUCUCUCUUCCUUCCGGAUGGUUUCUCCUGUGUACUGAACAAAGGAAAAAAUGUGGAGACUGAAGGGUGGGAUUUUUCAAUUCUCCUCCCUGUUACCGACUCACCCUCUGAGUUUUUUUCUGAGGCUCUAUUCAUUAUCUCUCCUUCCCCCUCUCUCUCCAGACCCCCAGAUACCCAGUGUUGCAUGACAGCCUAAUGGAAUAAUCUAGCACGAACCUAGAAAAGCUGAAGUCUGAAACUGAAUUUUUGCCCUCGCCUGCAGGGCUCUGGUAGGCCUAGACGGUAGCGGGAGCUGUGUGCCCAUUUUGUCCAGCCUUUAUGGUUUCCUGGCUUCCAUGACAUGCAGGAGCUAUGUGCCCAUUUUGUCCAGCCUUUAUGGUUUCCUGGCUUCAAAGGCAUUAAGCCAAGCUGCAAAAAUGUUUUUAAUGAGCAUUCUUCUUUUUAUGAUACUUAUUUAAACUCCAAACAUUUUAUCUUUAUCCAACUUAAAACUGUUAGUUACACUGUAUCUAGGAGCCACACUCCUACAUUGGAUUGGGGGCAAGGAGAAGAUGACCGAAGCUCAGUGCCGCAUCGACAAGUUUAUUUUUAAACGUGGCUAGUUGUCGAUAGUGAUUAAGAGAUAGAGCUGCUAACCAAAAGGUUGGCAGUUCGAAUCCACCAGCCGCUCCUUGGAAACCCUAUGGGGCAGUUCUACUCUGUCCUAUGGGAUCGCUAUAAGUCGGAAUAGACUCGAGAGCAGUGGGUUUGGCUUGGUUUUAGUUGUCAGUAUGUAUGUUACCCAGUAUUUUUAUGAGUGAAAAUUUUUUAAAAGCACAUUUCUGUAUGCUACUUUGUAUCUGCUUUUUAUACCGUGUAAUUAUAUAACAAUUAACGUAGGCAUUAGAAAUGUUGAGCUGUUGGGGAAUUAAGUGUACCAGAAAUCAACCUAGCAUGAUUUUUAAGUAAGCAAAGUAAAGGAGAUUUUGUAUUUCUUCACUUUAACUUAUUCAUUUUUUUGUACUGCAGACCAAAUGUCCAUCUAAAGCAAAGUGUCAAUAGAUUAAUUACAAUUAUGUACUUAGUGAAAUAAUGUCCCCCAAGCUGACAAGCAUAAGAAUUUUUAUAAUGUUGAAAAAGUGAUUUUUGAAAUAAUAAUAAAAAACAUGUAACUCUUACAAACGACUUUAAGUUACACACAUUGCUUGGCUCUUUCAAAAGACUGUAUCAUUUGUCCUUUUGCCUUUUGUGCUCAAGAAGGUUUGUAAAGGUUGGCCAGCUGCCUUUCAGGGAACUCAAACCGCAUGCCGGGUCUCUGGCUGUUGGGAUUUCACUUUGCCGUGGGCCGCAUUAAAUCGUAAGGAGAUGCCAGGCGAGCUCUUGUUUGAGUGUACAAUUCAUCAGGCACGUUUUGAGAGUGGAACCAGGUGAUUUGAAACCACCGCUGUUGCCUUGAUAUGGAGCGUUCACACAGACACACAUAACAACAGUUUUGUUUUAAAACACGUGUGCGUACUUUUUUAAAAAAAGAACUAUUGUCAAAAGCAGUUUUCGUGGCUUGCAUUAGACCGCUUUUCCUUCCUUAGGACUAAAUUACAUGUAU